CGGAACGGCCGCUCCGUGGCACGGAUACGGAUUCCGCACCCGGAGACCCCCGAGGCGAUAUGGAGAGGUUGAAGAGGUGGUUGUGGGGCGGGAGGGCGGAGGAGCUGAGCGGGGUUCAGGGGGUGGUCCGCAGCACGGCCGGCUUCGCCCUGGGAAUGGGCCUGGCCGCGCUGUACGGGGCUUUGGUGCUGCUGGUGCAGAGGAGCAACGCGUGGUUCUGCUGGCUGAGCAGCGCCGUGCUGGGAGCCGUGCUGGGCUUGGGGAUGGCCUUCUCCAUCAAAGUGCGCCUCUCCGUGCUGCUCACCUUGCCCCACGUCUUCACCAGGGAGGGUAAGAUCCUGCUGCUGCUGCUGGCGCUGGGCAUGGCCGUGCAGGGCCCGUGCACCAACGUGUUGCACAACUUUGCACGAGUGGCCGAGUCCGUGGCGUGUGGGGCAGAGCUGGCACUGAAUCAAACGGCUGAGAGGAUGCAGCGCGCGCGGGAACCACUGCUGAACGUCCUCUCCAAAAUCAAAGACAUCGCCCAGAAAGCCAAAGUGGUGGGCGACCGCGUGCGCAAAUUCUUCCGCGCCAUCAUCGACGGCGUCACCCACGUCGCCCGCGCUCUGCGCAACGUUUGGCUGUGGCUGAGCAAUGUGGGCGACGUCUGCAACCGAGAGAUGGGGACCCCCUUCCACCGCUGCCUGCGCCUCUUCUCCGACGCCAAGGACAACUGCGAGCGCGCGCUCUCCUUCCUCUUCUUCCUCUGCUACAUCAUCAUCACCUUCAAACCCCUCUGCGGCCUCGCCAGCAUCGGACUCCUCUUCUGCAUCAUCCCCAUGUACAUCCAGUCCUUCCUCAGGAGGGUCGUCGCAGAGCCCAUCAACCGAGCGCUGGACCGCCUGCGCAGGGAGUUCGAGUUCAACAUCUCCGUCUCGCACCACUUCGACGUGACCCUCAACUCCAGCAAGACGUUGGCAGACGUGGCCAUGGACAUCAUGGAGGGGGUGGCCCGGCGCCUGCAGCCCACCCGGCAGCUGCUGGGGCUCUCCGCCUACGUCUCCUCCUGCGCCAUCCUCUACAUGUACCUGCAGGCGCUGCGUUACCGUUACCGUUACCUGCGGGACGAUACCUUCGACAACGUCUACAUCACCGGGCGCUUCGUGCAGAUGGACGCGCAGCGGGCGCAGGUGGGCCGCCCCACUGUGCUGCCCCUGAGCAUAAGAGAGAGCAGCCGCUACAUCCACCCCGGCAUGCCGUGGCUGUCGCAGCAGGAGCGGCAGCGCUACGGGCUGGAGCUGACGGGGUUCCUGCGCUACGUGCUGCUGGGGCUGAGCCUGGUGCUGGCCGACUACAGCCUGUUCUGGCUGCUGGACCUCGUGCGGCAUCAGAUGCAGGGCGAGAUCGUGGCCAGGGCCCCGGCGGUGUUGGCUGUCAGCGUGGAGGGCUCGGGUUACACGAGCGACAUUUACCGGGACGUGGUCUCUUCCUUCGAUGUUCUGCAACGGGGCAACGUCUCGGUGCUGUCCCAGCGCUGCCUCGUGCAACCCGUGGAGCCCGAUUACGGCACCUACAUCAGUAUGGGGAUCCUGUAUGGCAUCUGCUUCUUCAUCGCGCUGUGCGGCAGCCACGUGGCACGGCUGCGACGCGUGGUGUGUGCCGCGUAUUACCCGACCCGUGAGCAGGAGCGGACGGUGUUCCUCUAUAACCGCAUCCUGGCGCGGCGCAAGGGGUUGGUGCACGCCCUGCACCGGGCUGCCAGGCAGAGCGCGGCCGAUGCGGGGGGCAGCAUUCUGCUCCGCUUCCUCGGCUCCCGGGUGCCCGGCUUCACCCCACUGCUUCAGCUCCUGGGCACGCAGCAGAAGUGCUGCCUGGCGUGUGGGGCGAUGGAGCAGAAGGGCCUCCACACGUGCAUCACCGUGGGCUGCAAAGGGUUGUACUGCAGCCAGUGCUAUGCUACCCUAAACAACGUCUGCUCCGUGUGUAUGGGACCCCUGAGCUACAAGGACAUGGGGGAUGAGGAGAUUGACUCCAGCGAUGAGGAGACACCGGAGCUGUGGUUGGGAGCGCUGCGGGCGCUGCGGGGUCAGGAGCAGCAGCAGCUGCGGGAUCAGGGCAGGCAGUUGGAGGAGAGCAUCCGCCGGGUGGUGCGGGGACGGGGGGGCGGCCGCCGAUUGCCCCCCAAGAUUGCAGCGCGGCUGCGGGCACAGCUGGAGGAGAAGGAGGAGGAGAGAGGCGGCGACGACGACGACGACGUGGGCGGUGAGGACAGCUCGGCGUCCAGCCUCGAUUUCAGCUACCAGGAGCAGCCCGAGGGCAGCGGCAGCGAGCUGGAGGAGGUGAGGGCUGAGCGGCCGCACGGCAGAACGCGGUGACGGCGGGACGGAGCCACGCAGACGGCUCAGCGGCCACGGAGAGAUGCCGUGGGGACGUGGGGACGUGGGGACGUGGGGAGGUGGGGAUGUGGCUGCAGCCCCAGAAGCACGAUGGAAGCCGGGAGCAAACAGGGAGGGAAUGGCAAAUAAAGCGCCCGGUCCUCGAGCCAGCCGUGUCCCCGAGUCCUGAGCUGCUGUCCCCUCCCCCCGUGGUGGCCCCGUCCACGCGCCGUGUCCCCAGCACUGAGCCUCAGACCCACGCUGUCCCCGUCCCCAACGCCCCCGAAAUGCCCCCAGCCCCACGGUGCCCCCACGUCCAUCCCGUGCAUCCUCCGUCCCCAUCAUGUCUCCACGUGCACCCCUAUAUUGUCACCCAAUCUGACUCCAUUGCGUCCCCAUGUUCAUCCCCAUAGUGUCCCCAGAU